CUCCGUCCGACCCCAAAGAUGUCUUCUAAUGAGGACUUUUCUCUGGUGACUGAGGAUGGCCAGGAGUCACAGUGUUCUCCACUGGAAAUGAUCAGAAAGGAGACUGAAAAGUGCAAGGUGACCUAUGACAUGUUGGUGGAGGACCAGAGGGAGCUGGCCAAAGCCAGAGACCAGCGGCUGCACAUGGCCGAGGAGUACCAAAAACGCUCUCUCAAAUUGAGGAGGAUGCUGGAGGAGGAAGAGCAGAACCAAACCGAUCUGAAUCACGAAAAGAUGAAGAUAGCAGCCCUGCAGGAGGAGGAAGGCAGACUGAAGGCAGAGAUACUGAGGACACAGGAGGAGCUGCGUCUCUUGGACCAACAGACCCACGAAAUGCGGCAGCGGGCUGAGGUGUUUACUGCAGUACCUGAGAAGAAGGUGGUAUUCACUGGAGCUGUAAGUGAAGAAACUGGGGCCAGCAGGUUUAAAAUGAAAUCCCGGAUUGUGUACCCCAUGGAGGGAGGAACAGCACUGAUAACCUUUGAGGAGGAAGCUGCGGCCCAGAGGGUCUUGAGCAGGAAGCACCAUGAGGUCCACCUUGGGGAAUGCAACAUCAAACUUGAGGCCCAGCCUGUUCAUAUCCUGAUGCCCGGCCAAAUAGAGGUGGACACUUGUGUGUGUCCGAAGCGCAUCCUGAUUUCCAAUGUGCCAAAGGAGGUGGAUAUGAGCCGUGUCCUGGACAAGCUGGAGAUCCAUUUCUCCAAGCGACGGAACUGUGGCGGUGAGGUGGAAGACACCAGCAUGCUGGAUGACAAUGUGGUUAUCACCUUCGUGGAGGACACUCUUGCGGAAGGCUUGACAGACAAGCAGUACCAUGAGGUGGAUGUGGGAGGUGGGAAGAAACAUCGGGUGAGGGUAACUCCAUUCCUGAACGCAGAGAUCACGGACCUACAGAUGCGGAUGUCCGUGUCCCCACGCACUGUGCUGCUGACGGGGAUCCCCGCCAUUAUGGAGCAUGAUGAAUUACAGGACCACCUGGAGAUCCACUUCCAGAAGGUCCGCAAUGGCGGAGGUGAGGUGGAAGCCAUCGCCUACAACCCACUGGGACACCACACGCUGGCAGUCUUUGAGGAGGUCCAGACCAGUGAGCGCCAGUGAACCGCUGCACACACU